UGGCUUUCUUGUCGCCCCCAACUUGCAAUGAUUUCGAGGGCUCUCCGUUGUCCCAGGCGCACUCCCGCAGUCUCGUAUUCCCUAGUCUUAGCUUGUGGCAAUCAUAACCAGAGUUUUCCCGGAAACUCACAGUCUUCUGGUCGAACUGCGUCGUUCGGGUUCAAGACGGUGCCCGAGGAAAGCAAGGAAUCCCUUGUCAAGGACGUAUUCGACAGCGUCGCGUCUAAAUAUGAUUUAAUGAACGAUGCCACUUCGCUCGGCGUGCAUAGACUCUGGAAAGACACGUUUGUCGACUCUCUGAAACCAGGUCGUAAGGGCCCAAUGCGGUGCAUCGACGUAGCCGGAGGAACCGGCGACAUUGCUCUUCGCAUCCUCGACUACGCACGGGAAAAAUACGCGGACAGAGAGACUACUGUUGAAGUAGCCGACAUAAAUGCGCAGAUGCUCGCAGAGGGGGUCAAGCGAUUCAAAAAGACGAUGUACUACUAUACUCCACAGGUAUCUUUCCACGAGGCCAAUGCGCAGGAGCUGUCUCCAUCGCAGUUCAAGGAUGAUACGUAUGAUCUCUACACCAUCGCGUUCGGUAUUCGCAAUUGUACCUCUAUUCCAGCAGUGCUGAAAGAAGCAUAUCGUGUUCUUAAGCCGGGGGCUACCUUUGCAUGCCUGGAGUUCAGUAGAGUGAAUAACCCAUUGUUGAACGUACUAUAUGACCAAUACUCCUUCAGCGUGAUACCCCUAUUAGGGACAAUCCUCGCCGGCGACAGGGACUCCUAUCAGUACUUGGUGGAGUCGAUACGAAAGUUCCCAGGUCAGCCUGAGUUCGCGCAAAUGAUAAGAGAUGCCGGGUUUGCUACUGGCGGAGAUCACGAUGGUGGUGCAUGGAUGGACUUGUGGGGAGGUAUAGCUUCCAUUCACACAGGUGUCAAAGUCUAGAAUAUAUAUCAUGUGAACUCAAUUUAUUCCCUCAGUUUGAUUUUUUAUGCUCCUAACAGCUCAGAGAGCCUGUGGUGCUGAGAUGAACAAUACUAAGCACAGUGACCAUUACAAUAUGGUUAGCAGAGUUUAGACCAGGUUUGAAGGUAG